AAAAAGAAAAGCAGCUGCAGUAGUAAACAUAACCUAAAAGUAACGGUCUUUCCAAUUUAUUUUUUAUUGAGUAUUGUGCGCUUUUAUUUUUAACAACUCAUUUGUGUUUGAAAUGUACUAAAUAGUAGGUAAUAUAGAAAUAAAAUCGUUGAAGAAAUUUGUCUGGUAGUAUGAAAUGAAACCAUAUCCCUAGUUUUUCAAAACAAAUGAACUCCUAUUUUGAUGUUUUAAGCGGUGGCCUAAGCCUAAUCAGUUAUUGUAAUAAUUUUGUCCUUUAAUACAAUAUUUCAUUUUAUAAUCCAAUAAAAUGUUUUCAAAUAAGAUUUAGACGCCUAAUUUAAGUAAAUCAAGAUGGAAUUCUGUUGUGAUAAAUGCAAAUGUGCAUCGGAAGUUGAAAAUCUCCAACGUCUUUUGAAAACAGUUAAUGCGGAGAAAGAUCUAGCAAUUGACAUGUACAAAGUUAGUUCGCAAACAAUUGAAACGUUGGAGGAAGAAUUGGAAACCAGAGAAGGCGGUAAAGAGUUUGAAUUGUUUAAAAGACGAAUCAAAGAGGCCCAGUACCAAAUGCAAAGUGACUACACAGAGGCCAUCAAUAUUUUAGAAGAGAAAUUGCGGACAGUCGCUGCUGAGCUGCGUUCAAAAAUUGAUGAGAACAAGAAAAAAUCGCUGCAAAUUGCUGAACUGAAUGCAAAACUUGACGUGUAUCGGGAGUUGAAAAUUGAGUAUGAAUCUGUAUGUGAGAGGGAGACUGAGUUCAAGGAAAAGUGCCUUAUUCUUGAGACAAAGUGCCUGGAACUGGAGAAGAAGCUGGAGCUAGUCCGGCCGACCCAGGACGAACUGGAGCGGCAGGUUCACUCGCUGACCGACAGAUGGCGUACGAGCGAACGGCAGUUGUCCGAACUGCAGCUGGCUCUGGAGCGAGCCACCGAUUUGGCCAAUCAGCUCAGUGCCAAAGAAAUGGCCGCCAGACAAAAAGUGGCUGAAGCUGUGACUCUCGUUGAGUCGACUCUGGUCGAUAAGCAGACUGUCGAUUACCAGAAAGCUAUGCUUGAAAACGAAUGCAGAAGAUUAAAAAAAGAAUUGAUGGAACUGAUUGAUGAAGCUGGCAAACAGGUUUCACAAGAAGCUGACUUGAAUAAAAAAGACUAUGAAAGCAGACUGCAAAUGAUAACAUCACAAAUGGAACUCAUAGAAAAGGUAGGAAACUCAGGCCUAUUCUACAUUGCAUACACAUACAAAAUCAUUUGA